AUGAAGGCGCCCGAUUCAGAUUCGGCCCAGGAAAUCCAGGUCCGCACAGAUGGUCCUCCUCCGAUGAAGCGGCGGCGCACCGCCGCACCGCCAAGGCCCCGUACGACAGACCGUAUCGACCUUGAAAAUCGAGUGGAAGAGGCCGAUGAGAACCUCGACAGGUUAUUGACGGCUCUGCGGAGGAAAAAAAAGAUUGUCGUCAUUGCCGGUGCUGGCAUAUCCGUCUCGGCUGGGAUUCCCGAUUUCCGCUCGUCAACCGGCCUCUUCGCGACGCUACGCGGUCAGCACAAGCUAAAGGCGUCCGGAAAACACCUUUUCGACGCGUCUGUGUACAAGCACGAUGACUCUACCGAGUCCUUCCACACCAUGGUGCGCGAACUGGCGCAAUUGACGUCACAAGCGAAGCCCACACCAUUUCACCACAUGCUAGCCUCCAUGGCUGAGGAGGGACGACUACUACGACUCUACACUCAAAACAUAGAUACGCUAGACACCCAGAUGCCGCCGUUAGCCACCAACGUACCUCUGAACGCCAAGGGUCCAUGGCCGGUUACCGUCCAACUGCACGGUGGGUUGGAAAAGAUGGUCUGCACAAAGUGCAGCCACCUGGAGCCCUUCAACGCCGAGCUUUUCGAAGGCUCUGAAGCUCCUCUUUGCGCAAAGUGCAAGGAACAGGAUGAGGUACGGACGACAUUUGCCGGAAAACGGAGUCACGGUAUUGGCAGGCUGCGGCCCAGAAUUGUCUUGUACAACGAGUACAACCCCGAUGAAGAGGCUAUCGGAAACGUCUCAAAGGCAGACUUGAAGAGGGUUCCCGACGCAGUUAUCGUCGUCGGCACAACUCUCAAGAUUCCUGGCGUUCGAAGGCUCGUCAAGGAGAUGUGCCAGCUGACCAGGAGCAGGCGGGAUGGUAUUACAGCCUGGAUUAACAUUGACCCAGAGCCUCAAGGAGCGGAAUUCAAAGACUGCUGGGACUACGUCAUCAAGGGGAAAUGCAACGAUGUAGCUGAGCUGGUGAAUCUACCAAGGUGGGAUCAGCAGGAUAUAGGAGAUCCUACGACAUGGCUGGUGGAUGAGAAGAAGGAAAAGAGGUUGGAGGUCACGCUUAGCAAGAGCAGGAUUGACGUACUGCUUCAGCGCAAGCGCAAGUCUCCUUUGUCAGACGACGAGGACGAAAAGCCGCUCGCGAAGGUGCUGGCACAAAAACAAGGCGGGAUCCCGACACCAAGCGCGAGCCCCAAGCCUCGUGCCACGCUUCCUGCGCGGAAACCAACGACCAAGACCACAGCGAAGCAGAGCAUUCUUACCUUUGGCAAAACCACUUCCUCCAAGGAGACGACCCCUGCCAGCACCGCGAUUAUUACUGGGCGCAAACCUUUGCCUGGCUCUGCUCCUCAGCGCAAGUCGCGGCAGACGAAGAAGAAGGAGGUUGUUAAACCCCAGAACGCUAUCAACCGGACGUUUAAGGCCACAAAGGCCGUGGCCGCUCCUGGGAAGGAAAACGCGAAGCAGAUUCCUUUUGACCCGGAUACUUCUUCGGAUCUGUCCUCGCCGCCUCGCGAUUUUGACAAGGACGUGCCCACGGUGCUUCCGUCCCUGCGGCCAACGGCGGUGAAGGUUCCUCGCCCAACCAUGACGACGAGAAGCAGGUCUAGGACACCCAGUGUCGGCUCAAGCCAGUCGGGAGCACCGGGCUUGGGGCGGGAGAUCACACUUGCUAUCUCGCCCAAGUCGAAGCCUCGGGGUAUAGGGCAUCUAAUUGACUAA